AUGCUAAUCAAAUUCACAUUUUCAGCUCACUCAUUUCAUCGGCGCUUAUUGCGUAGACAUGCGCUAUAUGUGCAUAGCUUUAAAUCGCCAACAUUCUGCGAUUUUUGCGGUGAAAUGCUAUUUGGACUGAUGAAGCAAGGCCUGAAAUGUCGAGGUUGUAAAUUAAACUAUCAUAAACGCUGUGCUUCAAAAAUUCCGAAUAAUUGCGAUGGUUACAAGCAAAAAUUAUCACCGCCACAUAUUUUGUCAUUGGAAAAUUCUAAUGCUAAGAUGGAAGCAUUGCGACGAGAGAAUAAAGCGUCAACAGAAGAGCUAAAGGGACUUACUGAUCAGCUUGGCGAAGGAGGAAGAAGUUUACAUGAAUUACAAAAACAGAAAAGAAAAUUAGAAAUGGAAAAGAAUGAACUUCAGCAAGCAUUGGAUGAUGCUGAAAAUGCGUUGGAAAUCGAGGAGAAUAAAGCUUUGCGAGCACAAAUUGAAAUUUCACAAAUUCGAUCAGAAAUUGAAAAACGUGUAACUGAGAAAGAGGAGGAAUUCCAAAAUACACGAAACAAUCAUCAACGAGCUUUAGAAAGCAUGCAGGCUUCCCUGGAAGCAGAAGCACGAGGCAGAGCUGAUUUGCUUCGUAUAAAAAAGAAAUUAGAAUCAGAUAUCAGUGAACUGGAAGUAGCAUUGGAUCAUGCUAAUCGUGCAAAUGUGGAUGCUCAGAAAACGAUUAAACGUUACCAGGAAAAUGUACGUGAAUUACAGACUCAAAUCGAAGAUGAACAACGUCAACGCGAUGAGCUACGAGAACAAAUGAACGUUAUGGAAAGACGUGUGCAGACAUUACAAUCAGAAAAAGAGGAAGUGAGCGGAAUGCUUGACCAGGCAGAACGAAUUCGUCGCCAACAAGAACAGGAAGCUGCUGAUGCAAAGGAAACAGCUAAUUCUUUAACUCAAAGUAAUUAUUCGCUGUCAAUUACGAAACAAAAAUUGGAAUCCAAAAUUCAGCAGCUCCAUAGUGAACUCACUGGAACGUUUAAUGAAUUGAAAAAUACUGAUGAACGGUGUAAGAAAGCGGUAAUGGACGCAGCGAGAUUGGCGGAAGAGUUGCAAACAGAACAGGAACAUUCACAGAGUCUUGAUCGACAACGGAAAGGGCUGGAAUCGCGGAUGAAGGAAAUGCAGGCUCGUUUAGAUGAGACGGAAGCAACAGCAAUAAAAAGUGGAAAACGUAUGCUAACUAAGGUGGACCAACGUGUACAUGAUCUUGAGGUCGAAUUAGUGGAUGAAUGCCGACGUCAUGCAGAAACUCUCAAGAAUUGUCGUAACAGAGAACGGAAAGUGCGCGAACUUCAAUUUCAAGUGGACGAAGAUAAGAAAAGUAAUGAAAGGAUGCGUGAUUUCAUCGAAAAAAUGCAAACAAAAAUAAAAACUUACAAACGGCAGUUGGAAGAAGCAGAACAGUUAGCCGUUCAGAACCUUAGCAAAUAUCGCCAAAUGCAGCAUAUGCUUGAGGACGCUGAAGAACGCGCUGAUAUAGCAGAAAAUUCAUUGGUCAAAAUGCGGGCCAAGAAUCGUUCUAAACUUUUAUCUGUCGGUGGACGCAUCGCACACUCUGUACCAUUUUAUUUUGUUUGUUAA